AAGUAUAUUCAGUCAGUGUUCAUGAAACGUGAUGUUUUCAUAAGAUCGUAGGUUGGUUUGUGAGCACAGCUGUCGUAAGCAUAAGCGUGCUAACGUUAGCUAUUAACUUGGCGGAACACACAAGAACAUUUGUCUGAGAUGGGGGAUGAUCGACCUUUUGUAUGCACUGCCCCUGGAUGCGGGCAGCAUGAGAGCCCACCUCUCCAGUUCAAACUGGCCUAUCAGAGAUUCACGAAUGAAGACCAUCUGUCGGUCCACAAACACAAGCAUGAAAUGACAUUAAAAUUUGGUCCCGCCAGGACAGACUCUGUUAUCAUUGCAGACCAGACUCCUACACCCACACGUUUCCUGAAGAACUGUGAGGAGGUUGGACUAUUUAAUGAGCUAGCCAGCUCCUUUGAACAGGAGUUUUCCAAAGCACACGAAGACGACCAGAGGACAAAACACCCGGCUGCACCUUUACAAACACCGUCAGAAGUAAAAAAUGAGGAUGAGGGUACUUUACAAGUGGAUUCUUCCUCUCCCGGAAGUCCAGAUUCCUCCUCCAGCAUGUCAGACAACAGCGGAGACUCAAGGGUGAGAGGCAAGGAGAUUGUGACAAAGCCUGUGCCAAGCUCUGCCCCCACUCCAACCAUUGUGCGUCCAGGUUCUCUUCCCCUUCACCUGAGCAAUGAAGCACUACACCCAACUCUGCCAUCUCCAACAUCUGUCAUCACGCAAGCCCCGCCCUCCAACAGACAGCUUGGCUCCCCAACAAGCGCGUAUCCACUGGUGAGGCACCUCCCCAAUGGGCAGACAAUCCCUCUCCUGCCCAGUCCUGUGCAGAUGACCUCAGUUAUAUCUCUCGCGAGGCCAGUGAACUCUGUGCCUAACAUCCCUGGGAUUCCAGGACCUCCAGUUGGCGGGGCCAGCAGUGGCUCAUCCUCGCCGUCUGGGUAUAGUCUGCACUCUGAGACCAAGAUGCGGCUGAAGGCAGCUCUAAGUCACCAGGGCCCAGGAGCACAAGAUGGGUCUGGUGGGGGGGCAGGAUCCAUCCCUGCUGUCCCCCAGCGACAGGAACACGGCCAACAACCCACACAAAACUCUGAUGCACCAUCACCUGCCCAACCACAGGUGUCCCCUGCUCAGCCAACAGGAGGCCGGCGGCGGCGAGCUUCAGAGAUGGACCCUGACGAGAGGAGGGAGCGCUUCCUGGAGAGAAACCGGGCCGCUGCGUCCCGCUGCAGGCAAAAACGAAAGCUGUGGGUGAACUCGUUAGAGAAGAAGGCAGAUGAUCUUGCCAACAUGAAUGUGUCUUUGACGAAUGAAGUAAGCCUACUGAGGAACGAGGUGGCUCAGCUGAAGCAGCUCCUCCUGGCCCACAAAGACUGCCCGGUCACUGUUAUGCAAAAGAAGGCAGCUUUCUUAGCUGCAGGAGGAGAGGAAACCUCCCGGGAUACUUCCAGUGAACCCAUCGGCUCCCCGGCGGCAGUUAUCCAGCGCGGGCCGUCCCCCCCCGCCUCGGCCUCCAGUCCAGGGGCCACCAUCAACGGGCUGAGCGUCCGCGCUGCGGAGGCGGUGGCAAUGUCGGUCUUGGCCGGCAUGGGAUCGGGCCAGCCGGGAGGGGUCGUCAUGGCGAUGCAGUCGCAGUCGGACUCAGCCCCAAGAUGAUGUGCUGACGCAGGUAGCCAGUAUAAACUCGAGUGGCGGCCGGACUGGUGCAAAGCGUUUUGAAAAGAGGGACCCGCCCUUAAACCCCGCCCCAGACUAAGAUCUUCUCGUCCCCUCACAGCCAAUGAUAAUCACACAAAGACACGGCACAGUGCCUCCGUCAACCCUCCAGUCCCAGCAGGCUCCCUUUUAAGAGACGCUUUGUCACUCUCUGUAUAUAAAUAUGAAUAACACGCCGGACGCUCACUCUGCAGGGUUUGGGGUCGUUUCUUGUUCAGUCGUGACAGUUGGAAAAAGGUUUUAGAUUGGAAUGAAAAGUAUGAAUGACAACUUUUUAAUGUCAAAAGGUUUAUUUUCCUUUUUUAUUUUACAAAAUGCAGCUUUAGUCCAACUUCAGUCCCACACGUUGGCUGUGAUACGGUUGGUUGCUUUCCAGGCUGACAAUUUUACUUGUAUUUUUCAUUUGUAUGAAGAGAUUUUUAUGCCUGAUACUGGUCUUCGACAUAAUGUUUGCUGAUGCAGUGAAAGUACGGUGAGAGAUUGGCUGGCUGAUUUCAGGAAAUGGCAGCCUGGAAAGUUUUUUCUUUUAUGCUCUUUUCAUGUUUUUCUCUGUCUGCGUUUCCCUUCUUUAGUUAAUUCUCCGUAAAUACACAUGACGGUUUAGUCAGCCGAGUGCAUAACAAACCAAAUGUGUACACAGUUUACCCUGUGAGAGUGUGCCUGACUUUGUACCAUCAGUUUUAACCUAUUUGGAAUGGAUGUCAUUACAUUAGUUGUGUAUGUAUCAAACCCUUUUUGACUGCAUGGAAGGCUGAAGAAUACCACUGUUUGUGCUUCAUCAUAAUAUCACUGUUUAUUGAUCUGCUUUUCUUCUGUUUUAAAACAUCAAAUUACUGAUGCAAAAACUGUCCUUGUUAUGGAAGGAUUCCAUCCUCAGUCCUAAUGUAACACUCUUGAAAUAGUUAGCUUUGGAAGGCCUUUAAAUGAUAAUCAAAUAUAAUAGAUUUAAAAUCAUUUACCCUGGCAUUUCAGUUGAGGAAAAGAGAGCAGUGCAAUAUAUUUUUCUAUUGAAAUCAAUGUUCUUGCAUUUAUUUGUCGUGUGUAGCCCAGCCACUGAGAGGGGUUUGGUCCAUUUCGGUUGAAAGCUAAAGUUAUGAGGUGAGUGAGAGAAAAUGUGAAGAUGAGUAUUCUUGAAUGAAUGUUGAUUAGUGCACAUCUGUAGAGAAUUACAGAUGUUCUAGUGUUGGGUGCUUUCCUACAUUUGAAAAGCUGUCUUGUAUCGUGAAGUCAACUUCACUAGUUGUGCAAGGUGCUUCAGAUUAUUUUAUACCGCAGUGUACUUCCACAGCUAUCAUGUUUAUUUCCCUUGUCACUCUGUUUUUUUUUUGUUUGUUUUUUUAUAAAUAACGUCAUUGUUUUAACAUGUUUUUUUUUUUUUGUGGGUAUGU